AUGUCAGAAGAGCAACCAGAACUACAAAAACCUGUGCUGACUCAGGUCCCCAAACUGGAUGAGGUAUACACUGAAGAGAAAGUCACCUUGACAUGUGACAUUGGAGAAGGCUGGCAAUAUCACUGGUUUAAAGACAAUGUGAAGAUUCGAGAGAAUGUUUUUACUGACAGUUAUUUCAUCGGGAAACAGUACAUUAUUAGUGAAGGGACAGCUUCUUUGGUGGUGCAAUACACGUGCCAGGGAUAUAGAGAAAAAGACAAUUCCUUCUCCCAGAAAAGUGACGCUGUAAUUAUAAGAGUCAUUGAUCUGCCCAAACCCACACUGGCAUAUUGGCCUGAAUGGAGCCCUGUGUAUAUUGGCGAGAGUUUCACUCUGAGAUGUCACAGCACCUGGAAAUAUUUGUGGUUCAAAGAUGAUAAGCGUCUCAGUGCCAGUGAUGGUCAAGCGAACUAUAACUACACAGCAACUGAAGACUCCAAUGAAGCGGAAUACAAGUGUCAAGGGUAUAACGAAGAAAGAAACCUUUUGUCCCAUUACAGUACCCCUUUCGUACUUAAAGUAAAUGAGUUACCAAAGCCUGUAAUCUCCCAUUACCCUACAUGGACAGAUUUAUACUCUGGAGAGAACAUGACUAUCACGUGUGAGAUUGAAGAAGGCUGGCAAUAUCAGUGGAUUAAAAAUGAUAAGCCGAUAAACACCCAUGAAGGUGACCAAACUAAAACUGGAAGCCUCUACAUUAUCACUGACCCUACACAACCUAAAGAGCAGAAGUACCAGUGCCAGGGGUAUAAUGAGAAACGAAAGGUAUUUACAAAGAAAAGUGAGCUUCUUACUUUGAAAAUAAGCGAUCUUCCCAAACCUACGCUGAAGCGGCAGCCUGAAUACGGGACUCUGUACGAGGGUGACAGCGUUUCACUGAAGUGUGAGGUGAAGGGUGUAAUCAAAUAUGUAUGGCUGAAAGAUGGUAAACUCCUUUCUUCCGAAGAGAGAGUAAAUGCAAAUGGAGACACCUAUAACAUUAAAUCAGCUACACAAUCGCACAAUGGAAUGUAUGGGUGUCAGGGGUUCAUCGAAGACAGGAAUGUGUACACCCCAGUCAGCGAGCCUCUGACCCUAAGCUUGUCUGAGUUGUUCACUGACCCUGUUCUGAUAAUCAUUCCUGCCACUUCAGUUUUUGAAGGGGAUCCUGUGACUCUUCAGUGUCAGUCAAAUAGCAAAAAAUGGAAAACACAACUCAAUUAUACUUUUCUUAAGGAUGAGGGGACAUUACAUCAUGAUUCCAAACAGAAUCACCUUCAAAUUCUUAAAGCUAGUGAGACGGACAUUGGAAAAUACACAUGUGAGGUGGAUGUCACAGGGACGAACGUUAAGAAGGCCAGCAAAAGUGUUCAGUUGACAGUGAAAGGGAUUAACCCCAAAUCUGUUCUGACCCUUAUACCUCCUUGGGAGCGUAUAUUUACAAUGGAGACCGUGAGUCUGGUGUGUCAGGUUGAGUCUAAACAUGAUGACUGGAAAUACCAAUGGUUCAAAGAUGGUGACGACACUCCUCUGCCGUGCAAUGAAAACUGCAACAUCACUCGAGUUACUGUGUCUGACCAGGGCCGGUACUGGUGUCGAGGGAAGAGGGGAGACCCUCCUGUCUAUUCCCAAGCAAGUGAUUUUGUUAGUUUAAACAUAUCAGAACUACCAGAAGUCAGACUAAAUCUAGAACCACCACACACACAGAUAUUUGAAGAAGACCGUUUUACUUUGAGAUGUGACUCUGAAGAAGGCCAUUCUGCUUGGAAAUACAUGCGCUUGAGAGGGCAAAAAGCAGAGUCUCUGUCGUCAUGCUUGAGAGAGACUGAAACCUGCACAAUCAAAAAUGCAGCAAAAUCUGACAGUGGAGUGUACUGGUGUGAGUCUGGACAUAAGCGCAGUAACUCCUUCACCCUAUUUGUGAGCAGUGGAUAUACUGUUUUGCAAGCUCCACCUCAGCCUGUUAUUGAGGGAGAUGCUCUCAUGUUGAAAUGUCAUUAUUAUUGGACAUGGAAAUAUCAUACUUCUUUUUACAAGGACAAUGCACUAUUUUCAUCCUUAACAAAUGAAAAUCCAACCAUCAACAAUGUGUCCAAAAGUAAUGAAGGGACAUACAAAUGCCAAAUUAAUGGAUAUGAUUCUCCAGAGUUGAUGGUAUCAGUGAGACGGCUCUUCUCCAGAGUGUCUUUAAAAGCAUCCCCUGCACUCACAGUGCAAGUGGGUCAGAUUUUAAACUUGACUUGUGAGGCUUUAGUGAAUAAAAAGGAGCGAGUGAAGCUGAUGUAUACAUUCAUGAAAGACAACGUAACUUUAACAAGCAGUGACUCGGCUGUCCACAGCAUAAUAACUGCUAACCAGAGCCACACUGGAGCCUAUAGGUGUAUUGCACGGUCAGUCACAGGAGUGAUGAAGGAGAGUGAAUCAAUUAUCAUCGUCGUAGAAGGUUCCGGUAUGAUGAUUGCUAUGGUUGCUGUUUUCUGCUCAGUAUUUAUUAUACUCCUGGUCAUUUUAAUUGUUACAUUUUAUUACAUUUCCAAGAAAAAAGGUUUGCUGUGUUUUCAAGAUAAAACAAGAAUUUCCGCAGAUCAGCACCACGCAUAUCCAACAGAAUGCAUUGACCUGCCAGGCCAGACACAAGAAGGUCCUCCCACAUCCACUAAAGAUGAGUCGAUAUACACUGAGAUCAGCCCGAGCCCCGAAGAUCAGGGUGUUGAUGAUGCCGAUCCAGUUGACGAAGUCUUAUACUCAGACCUUGACUUGAAGAAGUUAAAGAAGAAUAAAAAAGGCAAGAGUAAAAUUUUCUGCCAUCUAUCAGAGUUCAAGUCCAAACAAUAA